AUGUACCAUACUCCCGGCGACCAACUUCAGGAUUUGGAGCCGGUAUGUGGGGCUGUGCUGCUUGACUGUCCUCUGGCCUUUUCGGAUAUCCUCCCUCAUCAACUAAAUGAUCCCGAGCUGGCCAAUAUUAUCUGUGAGCUUCAAGGAGGAGGUGCCCACCCCCCGUACUUUCUGUCCCAAGAUGCUUUCUCCAAGUUCGUCUGGUUGUUUCGGUUACGAAGCGCCACAGCUCAGCUCACGACUAAGGUGCUCCGUACAAAUCUUUUCCAACAUUUCGGAAUUCCCGCCACUAUAGUAUCCGAUAAUGGAACUCAGUUUUUGUCCAAUGAAUUCAAGAGAAUGUGCUUUGGGCACGGUAUCCGUCAUGUGACGACUUCGCCUUACUACCCACAGCCCUCCCACGCAGAGCGUUUUAACCGUAAUCUGCGAUCAGCCCUCAUCGCUUUCCAUGCUAAAAAUCACGAGACAUGGGACCAAGAACUCCCUUGGAUUCAAUUUGCUUUUAACACAGCUGUUCAUGAAAGUCACAAGGCGGUGCCCUUCGAGUUGUUGUUUGGGUUUCCACCCAACAACCCUUUGGCUAAUAUUUGGAGGAUUGGGGACCUUCUGCCACCGCCUGGUACUCCUGAUGUUGCUAGCACUUGGGCAGCUGCCCGGCGAAAUCUUUUCAGGGCUAGGGAAUUGCUGAGGAGGAAGUAUAACAAGGGGCGUGUGGCUAACCCUUUCCGAGAGGGGGAACUUGUAUAUUGUAGAGCUCAUCCGACCAGUUCGGCCGUGGACAAAAGGGCUGCAAAGUUGUCUUAUCGGUGGACAGGACCCCACCGUAUCUUUAGGUUUCUGACUCCGGUGACGGCUCUGUUGGGAGAUCCCCAAACCGGCAAGGUUUAUCGAAAGGCACAUAUUUCUCAUCUAAAGCCUUGCCGGGGAAUUCCUUAA